AUCGGACCUCUUGCCCGCUACGCCGCCAACGUCACUUCGAUUGCCGACGUCCAACAUGUCCUGCGGUUUGUGCAAGCGAAGAACAUCCGCCUGGUGAUCCGCAACACGGGCCACGACUACAUGGGGAAAUCCACGGGCGCCGGCGCGCUGGCCCUGUGCACGCACCACCUUAAAUCCAUUGAGACAGUCUUAAACUACACCUCCCGCAGCUACACCGGUCCCGCCAAGCGCAUUGGGGCGGGGGUGCAGGGUUUCGAAGCACAGAAUGCGGCCCACGAAGCCGGGUACGUGGUCGUGACGGGUCACUGUCCGGAC